AUGCUUCCGCUUUACCCUCAGUUUUCAGCCAACCUUUUCCGCCUCGAGCUCAUCCCCACUGGCCUUCUAAUGCGCAGCACACACGUCUGUCUUGGCCUGCGCCUCUGCCUGAUGCUGGUUCUCCUCUUCAUUCUGAAUGGGCCUCAGCCUGCAGCUGCUCAAUUUCCACGGGUCUGUGCAUGGAAUCUGACCAGGCAACUACCUGCCAUUUGUUGUCCUGUGCCAGAGGGUAAGUCGCCCACUAGGGAGUUUGGUUCAUUUCGAAUAUGA